CAGCCAGGCCAGUGGUCCACGAUGAUGGGAGUUGUGGCCCAGCCGUGUCUGGAGGGCACCACAUUGGCUGCUCACUGGGCCAGCCUCUGUCUGUCAGUCUAACCUACCUCACAGGGUUGUUGUGGGGAUUAAAAGAGGAGGGAGAGAACAAUGCACGCCACCUUGAGCUCCUGGAGGGAAAAGGACUUGGUUGAACCUCCAAUUCUGCCAGUCUUUGCCUGGAGGCAGUCAAUGGCCGAAGAAGUGAGAGCUCAUUCAGCCUUCACGGAGGCUUUCUUGGGGCACAGAUCAAGGAUGGAAGAGGUAGACCCAGCUGGCCUUGAAGCAGGAAGAGGACCUCAUAUUGUUCAGGCUGGGAGCCGUGGGGAAUUCUGGGAAAGAGUCAUACAGAAGAACAUGAGCGAGGAGGACACUCUUAUUGCAGAUGUACAGCGUCGGCGUUUUCGGCAGCUCCGCUACCAGGAGGCUGAGGGGCCCCGAGAGCUUUGCAGCCGACUCCAUGAUUUUUGCUGUCGUUGGCUGAAGCCAGAGCAACACACAAAAACUCAGAUCCUGGACCUGGUGAUCCUGGAGCAGUUCCUGGCUGUCCUUCCCCCGGAGAUAGAGAGCUGGGUCAGAGAAUGUGGAGCAGAGACCAGUUCCCAGGCGGUGGCCCUGGCCGAAGGUUUCCUCCUGAGCCGGGCAGAGGACGAGAAGCAGGCAGAGCGGCAGGUAGAGGGUCUCUUUGCGGAAGUGGCCACUGAUUUCUUUGAGGCAGAGAGGACUCCACUGGACACCAGGGAGGGGCCACAGGGUGAUGGAAUCAUGCCGGCAAGACCUGCUGAGCCACCUCUUCUGUUUGGUGGUGGAGAAAAAGCAAAUGUGGAACCUGAUCAGGGUCCGGUGUCCUUUGAGGAGGUUGCUGUAUAUUUCACCGAGGAGGAGUUGGUUCUGCUGGAUCCUGACCAGAGAGCUCUGCAUAGGGAAGUCAUGGAGGAGAACUAUGGGAUCGUGGCCUCUCUCAGUUCUUAUCCGUUUCCUGUCUUCAUUGCAGCAGGUGACAAAUGGGAAACACAGAAGAGUGACCUGCUGCCUAAAGUGUCACCAGAAAAAGGCAGAUGUAAAAAGAGCAAACUGCACAUAGGUCAGCAGCCAUAUAAAUGCUUGGAGUGUGGAAAGAACUUCAGACUGAGUGCAAGCCUCACAAACCAUCGAAGAACUCAUAUGGGGGAGAAACCAUAUAAAUGCAUGGAAUGUGGAAAGGGCUUCAGUCUGAACAGAGACCUUGCUUAUCAUCAAAUAAUCCAUACUGGAGAGAAACCAUACCAAUGCAUGGAGUGUGGAAAGAGCUUCACUAGAAGCACAAACCUCCGUGGCCAUCAAAGAAUUCACACAGGGGAGAAACCCUACCAAUGCUUGGUGUGUGGAAAGAGCUUUGGUCAGAAGAAAUAUCUCACUUGUCAUCAUAGAAUUCACACAGGAGAGAAACCAUAUAAAUGUUUGGAGUGUGGAAAGUGCUUCAUUCUGAACAAAGACCUUACUUGUCAUCAAAGAAUCCACACAGGAGAGAAACCAUUUCAAUGUUUGGAAUGUGGAAAGAGCUUCCGUCUGAAUAAAGACCUUGCUUGUCAUCAAAGAAUUCACACUGGCGAGAAACCAUACCAGUGCUUGGAAUGUGGAAAGAGCUUCAAUAGGAGCACAAAUUUCCGUUGUCAUCAAAGAAUCCACACAGGGGAGAAACCAUAUCAAUGCUUGGAGUGUGGAAAGAGCUUCAGUCGGAAGAUACAUCUUACUUCUCACCAAAAAAAGUCACACUCGGGGGAAAUUAUAGAAGUGCUUGGAGAUGAGCUGUUCCAGGAUUCCUUUGAAAUACUUACUGUGGGCAUAUGAAAAGGAAUUCAGUGAAAUAAAUUCUGCUCUAAAGUCAAACCCAACUAUAAUAGCUUGUUCUGCAGACAUGGGACAGAUAUAGGAAUAUAUUGCCUUAUAAAAGUUCUUGUGCAAUCUUUUUUUGUUUAAUAAUGGUUUUCAAUUAGUUGUUGACACAACAGAGUGGUCCGGAAGUAAACUUACCUACUGACAUAUUACAGAAAACUAAAUCAAUAGCAAUAGUUGAAUUGGCAGGUAAAAUGAGAAGAAGAAACCCUCUUACAUAGGAAGCUGCCUUAUACUAAGUAAGACCAUCAGUCCAUCUAGCUCAAUAUUGUCUACACAGACUUGGCAGCAGCUCUCCAAAAUUUGUGAUGGGGAUGUUCCCAACCCUAAGCGGAGAUAUCGGGGACUGAAUCUGGUAUCUGUAAAGCAGGUGCUUAAUCACUGAGCUGCUAUCCUUUCUUGAGGAUUCUUGUACCACUCUCCAAGGUUUCAGUAUCAGGUAAAGUGUUUCUAGAUUAAAAAUGUAAGAGGUGGAAAUAUUGGUAAAGGGCUGCAUUUGUUUUAAAGGGAAAAACUGCUAGCCAAGGAUUUAAAUUUUUUAAUAUAUUGUUUCAGACAUAUCAAUAAUUCAUUGUAUUGGAUGAAAGCAAAGGAAACCAGCUUAAAAUAGGGAAAAAAUGCUGGUAUAGAAGUUUCAGAUGAUCAAUGGAAAAAUAUAAUACAUAUUUGUAAUGGACCAAACAUCUUGCCAUACGUUAAUCUCAAAAGGAAAUGUUUAUAAUAUUUUUUUAGUUUGCUGGUGCUGGACACCACAAAAACAUAACAUGACACUAGCAGUACCUGUUGGACAUCUGGGGAAACCAUGCAAAUUUCAUUCAUACAUGGUGGACUUCAGAUAUAAAGCCAACAGUUUCUGAGAUAACGUUAUAGCUCAAAUAAACAAAAUUACUGGAUAUUCCCCAUCUGCUAAUCCUGUGUGUAUUUUACCUGGUUGUCUUCAACAGAGACUGUUGGUAGGGACAGACUACUGCCACCUUAUAGCCCUGAUGCUGUUCUUGUAUCACUGUAUAAGACCCUUAAUAACUUUGCUCCAGAAUACUUUAAGGACGGCCUGAUUCCUUAUAUUCCUGCCCGAUCACUGAGGUCUUUAGUGGAGUCACUGUUAAUGGUCCCCCAGGACUCAGAUGCAUGGCUCAUAACAGGGGCCCUGCAUUCAGUAUUGUGGACCCAAUUCUGUAGUGAUCCAUCCCAGCUGCGGUCAGGCCUGUUGAACUUUCAGCGCCUAGUGAAGACUUUUUUUAUUUCAACAGACAUUUGAAGUAAGCAUUUCUGAUUUUAUGGUUAGUUUUAUUUUAUCUUUUAUCGCAUCUUUUUUACCUGACUCUGCACCGCUUAGAGGUUAUGACGUUAAGUGGUAUAGAAAUGGUUGAAAUAAAUAAAUGGUAAGAAGGGACCAUUUGGAAUUAGUUUUGUUGUUACGUGCCUUCAAGUCGAUUACAACUUAUGGGGACCCUAUGAAUCAGUGACCUCCAAUAGCACCUAUUAUAAACCACCCUGUUCAGAUCUUGUAAGUUCAGGUCUGUGGCUUCCAUUAUGGGUUGCAUUCUGGAUACUCUGUUCAUAGGGUUUUCGUGGUAAGAGGUAUUCAGAGGUGGUUUACCAUUGCCUUCCUCUGAGUUUGGAUGCAUCUUAGUCUGGUGUCUCAGCUUUGGCUAUUCCGCCUUGGGUGCCCCUGCUAGGAGACUAGCCUCUUGGUCUAGACUCCUGACGGUAUUGCUGUCAGCUUCUUCGACACUCUCAAACCGCCUCACCACGUUAAGGUGUGCAUCCUAUAGGAGGUUGGAAUUAGUAGGAAGCCUUUGAGCAGCAGUAAGAGUGGUUAUAGCCAUCAAAUGGAGGCUCUCUGCACUCCCACAUUAAAGGAAAGGUUUAAUAAGGUGGUAUAUAGCUUCAGUGGUAAAGUUAACAGAAUUCGUUCGUUUAUAUGAAGAUAAAAGAAACAAAUGUUUGAACAAUUUGGAAUGCCCUUUAUUAUUUGAAACAAUGUAACAUGGAUAUUUAAAUAGUCCGAUUGCUUAAGAUAUCGGACUGUGUCACUUUGUAUAUAUUAACUUUUAUAAAAAGCAAAAAUAAUGGAAAUCCAAAUUAAGUUGGUAGCACCUAUUG